GAGUGACACAAGAGGCAACAUUUUUAUUUUUUUAAGAGAGCGUCUGACAAGGAGACACGGCACACGGCCACCCUGGAGGGGACAAGAGAUCUCAAGACAGUCCCGAGGCAGAUGCAGGACAUUUUUAUUCUUUCAUAAACUCCUCUUAUUACCAUUUCCUCUUCUGGGCUGUUGAACUCCUUUUCACCACACUGACCUCAGAUCAGAUCAAGAGCUGUGACAGAAACCACCUGACAGGGGCUUGAGCUGAGACUUGGAUCCUCCCAGAUUGCUUGAGCGUGAGCAGAGUUAGUAGGUAAAGCUUCACUUUUUACGCGAGUGCUGGGAGACUGCACGCCAGGCACGAGGCUCCCAGCUCCCCCCACCUACACCACCCUUCUUCCACUCUGAUUUUUUCCUGGGCUCUUGUCCAGAGAAUGACUGGCUUCAGUGGACCCAGGAGGAGGAUCAGAGACUGAAGACACAGUAAAGCAGCUCCAGCUCUGCCUGCCUGCUGGGGCAGACAAAGGGUUUACAAAUCAACAGCUCCCACACCUCUAUUGGAUUCUUCAACUUGAUGCUUUGAAGUCAUUCUUCAGCUUUUACUUUCCUGUUCUCUAAAUCAGAAAAAUAGUGGAUCUGAGCUUUACAGACAAACAGACGGACUGGCAUAUGGACAGAGAGCAGUGAGCACUGCAGCGUGAAUGUAGCAACUGGACUUCUCUUCUCCCUGGUUACUAAGACUAAACAAGGAUAAUAGCCAAAUCACUAUUUUUUCCACUAAGGUGGUGGGUGGAUGCAGCUUUCAGCAGAUUGCUAUAGGGGAAAGCAGUUCCUGCAGAGACUGCAGAUAUACGUCUAGUUGGUCGACACCGUGUAGAUCCUAAGAAAACAGACUGGGUAGACUAUAUGGAUGCUUGCAGGAAGUAAACUCAAAGACCUGUGGAUUUUUUUAUUCAGACACUUUGAUGCUCACCUUGAAUGGACUUAACGUGGUUUUGAACUUGAAUACAAAAUGCUUUUGUCAGUGAGGAUGGAAGGAUGGAAAAAGACUGUGAAUGUGUCAGUCAUGCUGCUGAUUCUCACGCGGUUUGGCAUUGCUCACACAGGAGACAGCAUCUACCCAAGGAUAAGACUCUCGCACAAAGAAUGAUUCAGAUUCUGGUUUCUUUUGACUCAUCCAAACAGAAGAUAGCUUUGGCAGAUGAACCGGACCUGGGUGUUCCAGGGACGCGGAGUGCCUCUUCAGCCUCAGACCAUGCUGCUGGACGAGAGCCACCAGAGACUUUUUGUUGGAGCCAAGAAUGCUCUGUUCUCCCUCAGCCUGGACAGGGUUAACACACACUAUAGACAGAUUACCUGGGCCAGCACAGAAUCUCAGAUAGAGGAGUGUAUGAUGAAGGGGAGGGAAAAGCUUGAGUGUGCAAACUACAUUAAGGUGUUGCAGCGGUACAACCAGACCCAUCUGCUGGUCUGUGGAACAGGAGCCUUCAACCCAGUCUGUGUCCUAGUCAAAGUGGGACACAAGGGACAGGAGAAUAUGUUUAAUCUGGAAGAGGAGAGUGUUAUAAGCGGCAGAGGGCGUUGCCCAUAUGACCCCAAGAGUUCCUGCAUAUCUACUCUCUCCAGAGGAGAGCUUUAUAUCGGCCUGUACACCGACUACUGGGAGAACGACGGUGCUUUGUGUCGCCUUAACAACCACACCUACACACGUACAGAGAGAAACGAUCGGCAGCAGCUCAAUGAGCCUAAGUUUGUGGCUUCAGCAGUUAUUCCAGACAACGACGACAGGGAUGAUGACAAAGUGUACUUCUUCUUCACCGAGCGAGAGAUGGAUGCAGAGGGAGUGAACAGGGCUGUGUAUGCUCGCGUUGGGCGAGUCUGUGCGAAUGACCAGGGAGGACAGAGGAUGUUGGUGAAUAGAUGGAGCUCCUUCCUGAAGACUCGUCUCAUCUGCUCUGUUCCUGGGCCAAAUGGCAUCGAUACACACUUUGAUGAUCUGGAGGACGUGUUUGUGCUGAACAACAAAGACGACAAAAAUCCAGAAAUAUUUGGUCUUUUUAGCACAACAAGUGCCGUGUUUAAAGGUUAUGCAGUGUGCGUUUAUCAGAUGGAUGACAUCAGAGCAGCUUUUAAUGGACCGUAUGGCUACAGAGAGAGACCUGAACAUCACUGGACUCCUUAUGAAGACAGAGUCCCCUACCCUCGACCCGGAUCUUGUGCCAGCAAAGUGAACGGCGGAGGUUUCUCCAGCUCAAAGGAGUUUCCUGAUGAGGUUCUGCGGUUUGCACGCUCUCAUCCUGUGAUGUACCGACCAGUCCUUCCUCAGCAUCUCAGACCUGUCCUACUGCAGGCAGAACCGGGUAGAAGGAAGCUGACCCAGAUAGCAGUAGACAGAGUCCAAGCCCAGGAUGGUCACUAUCACGUUCUCUAUAUUGGCACUGAUGACUCUGUGGUUUUGAAAGUUAUCACCAUCUAUAACAAAGACUCAGACACUAUGGAGGAGGUGUUGCUGGAAGAGAUGCAAGUAUUCAAGGUACCAGCACCAAUCCGAGAGAUCAUUAUAUCACCUAAAAGGCAACAGCUGUAUGUGGGGUCAGAAGUGGGCGUUGCACAAGUCAGACUGCAUCAGUGUGACCUCUACGGCUCAGAAUGUGCUGACUGUUGUCUGGCUAGAGACCCGUAUUGUGCCUGGGAUGGGCUCACCUGCUCCAGAUUCUACCCAGCUGGAGUUUACACCAAGAGCAGACGAUUCAGACGGCAGGAUGUUCGCCAUGGCAACGCCGCACAGCUGUGCAAUGGGCUGCAAAUUGAUGAUGAACAAUGGCAGAGAGCAGAGGAGAGGCUCAUCUACAGCGUGGAGAGCAACAGUACUUUACUUGAAUGUGUCCCUCGAUCACUUCAAGCGAAGGUCCUCUGGUUUCUACAAAAAGAAGGAGAAAAACACGAGGUUCGUGGCGAUGAGCGGAUCAUCAUGACCUCGCACGGGUUGCUGUUCUUACAUGUGAGGAGCUCUGAUGCUGGCGAGUACGUGUGCCAGACUGUGGAACACGGAUAUGUGCACACGUUACUACGCAUCAGCCUGCACGUGCUCAAAGGAGAGAGGCUGGAGUCAGCGAUCCGUGUGGCCAACGACAAAGACGGAGAAAGAUGCCACUCCAUCGUCGCCCCCCCACCAGGUCCCAGCGUCAGCCCCAGGUCUCUGCUGCCCCCCGCAGCCCCAGCUCCCAGCUCCAGGCUGUGGUACAAGGAGUUCCUCCAGCUAAUUGGCUACGGUGAUGCACAGAAAGUCGAAGAGUACUGCGAGAGAGUGUGGUGCUCUGACAAGAAGCGCAAAAAGACCAAAAGGAAGUACAUUUCUCUGGGUGGUGACAAAAAAGGGAAAGGGAAGAGUGAGGAGAACUCCCACAGAGCUCCCAGGCACACCUUUGACACCUGAGAGCACACACACAUACACACACACUGCACGUAUACACACACUGUUUAAAGAUCACACAAUUUACACCGUGCAAAAGGUUUUUGCUUUACUUUAAAUAAGGGCAGUAAAAGAAAAAAGAAAACAGUAGCAGACCGCUUCAUGAUUGUAGCUACAGUUCUGUAUUUUUGACUAUUUCAGAAGUGUCUUUUCUGUAUUAGCGUCAGAGUGGAGUCUGUAUCGAGGCAGAUGGACGACAGAGAAAGUUGCCUCUGAUCAGAUGGACACACGAUAACCUGUGGGCUGAGCAAUCCAAAAACUCAGACCGAUUCGUUCAAAAACCUGCUUUUAUCUCCAGGCAGAUAAAUACGACCAUUUUCUUGUAUAUUUCAUGUAAGAAAAUAAAGUUAACACACUUAUUCUUUUGUAAUAGCAUGUUAAAUUAUUCUAUGUUCUGUUUCAGUUGGAGUUCAUUGGCCAUAAUGACGCUAAAACUGGUAUUGUUGUUCUUUUUUGUACAGUGGAAAAACUUUACAUUCUAACACUGCUUAUUUAAAAUAGAUUUUGAUCAUGGCUGUAGGAUGUGUAGGUACAAUAGCCAUGAUAUGUGUUGCAAUGAUGCUAAUAUGGUUAUUCGAGGCAUGCUCCACCUGGCAAAUAACUCAGUGACAUUAUUUAUGCACUUAUAAAACUUGUUUUAGUAGAUGAAGAAAAAAAAAAAGAUUCACCGUGUGGAUAUUUCGGUUUUAUAUUUAUCGUUUCUCCUUUAAAUCGAACUCAUCAACACAGAUGUGCAUAUAACUUCUUUUUCCUGAAUUUUUGCCAUUUGUCUACAUCGUUUUCUUCUCUAACUCCCACGUUUUAUUUCUCCCUUCAUCACCUUUUAUUUGUUCGACACCCUUCCAUCCGAUGUUGCAGAUGGGAGGCAUGAUUGCCACCACAAACAGCAAUGUACAGCACCUCAUUUUCCACAACCAACAAAUGCCACGCUGGCCAUUCUAGCAUGUCAUUAGCAAAAGUGAGUGCUAUGAAUUUUCAUUUACUCCUCAGACAGCCUGAUGUUACAGUAAAAUGACUCGAGUGAGUGUACUAGUUGCUGUGCUCUGCAGAAUCUUGUAUUUUUUUAUUUUAUUUUGUGUAUUAUUUAUUGGUUCUGUCACUGUAAUUUUUCCUCUACUGUCUAUAGAUUAUUCAUUUUGUGUCAAGACCUUAUAUCUACAUAAUCCUUGAAAAUUUCACCAGUAAAAUGUCAAUAUUGUGUAAAUAUUGUGGCCUUUAAAAAUGCCUGUUAUUAAAAACAAGACAUUC